CAGUUUCGAGGAAGACCGGCUGAAGCGCGAAUUUUCUUUCUUUACCCUUUAUAAGUCCUCGUAAGAAACUGCAAUCCCUCCAACUCUUGUAUCAAAACCAAACACACGGAAUAAAGUGCAUUGGGCUAUUCAACAAGGCUGAAUCAAUAACUAGCAUUCCGGAAUAAGUUACGACUGGGGAUUUGUUUCUGCGAUUUCAAUGUUCGUAUUUCCGAAACACUCUCCUGGGUCCAAUACCAGUUCUACUGAUGCUGCUGAUGUUGCUGAAUUACUCUUGAAUCUUUCGAUCUUCGGGUUCAGCCAACUCUCUGCCAGUGAUCAACAUGAGAAGACGAAAGAAAUGUACAAUAAGGUUGUUGAAGAUGUCAUUGUGGAGCAACUCCCGGAAGAAAGUGAAGAGGAUUUGAGAGUCAGAACAUUCACUGAGCUAUUCAAGAAACUUCCCUUCCCUGACCAGAAUCAUUUCCUGUCCACCGUUACAAAGAAAUUCAAGCGUGAGCGGCAAAUUGGCGAGUUGAUUUCUUGGUACAGUACUCAACUAGAUGCCAGUGAUCAGCAAGAGCUGAUUGGAGUUAUGGUUCAUGUUAAAGAUGAUGACGAGACAAUUACCAAUGAGGAUUUGAGGCUCAAAAGAUUUACACAGCUGUGUAGAGAUUACACCGAUUACGCUUAUAUGCAUCUUGUCGCCAUCAGGGAAGAAUAUGUUGAGAAACGAAAAGAUACACAGGAGACAUCUGGUAAUGAUCAAGUUUGUUCCGAUUGGCAAUCCCGUUUUGCUGAUUUUUUCUUGGGUUUCUCGAUUAUUUGGUUCGAGGGACAAGGCUCCUAUGGUCAGUGGCAGCUGAUUGAACAACUUUGUGAUGGAGUUAAAGGUGCUAUAAUUGAGAAACUUGAAGACGAAAGUGAGGCGGAUUACAGACUCAGAAGAUUCACAGAGCUAUGUAAGAGAGUGGUUGACUUCGGUGUCCAAGUUCAUUUCCUUGACAAAGUUGAACAGAAGCUGCUCCAACCACGAAGAUAUCUUCCGCACGGGGUGCUCCUUCAGCCUCAAGAUUCUGCAAGUGCUGCUGAAUUACUCUCGAAGCUCUCAAGUUUUGGGUUCAGCUUACUAUCCAUCGAUGACCAACAGGACAAGAUUAAGCAAAUCUCUAAUAAAUUUUCUGCUGAAGUUGUUAUAAUCGAUAGACUUGCAGGAGAAAGCGAGGAAGAUUUGAGAAAGAAAACAUUCACACAGUUGUUCAAUAAAGCUCCAGUCUCAGCGCGAGUUAAUUUAUUCAAGGAGUUAACGAAAAAAUUCUUUGGUGAAAGACGCUUGUGUGAGUCAAUUCUUCUGUUCAGGCAGCUUGGUUCUAAUGAUCAACAAGAGCAGAUUGAAGAAAUGUUUGGCCGGUUAGUGAGAAGCGAAGAUGCCAAAAAUGUCAUACUCGAGAAAGUUGAUGAGGAAAGUGAGGAGGAUUUUAGGCACAGAAGAUUUAUAAAGAUGUGUAUUACACAUACAUUCCUUUUGGAUCGCUUCUUGUGGAAAGAAGCUAAGAAGUGGGAUUUAAAAGGCCUACAGCUGCAGAUAUCAGGUAACAAAGAGAUAGAUGAAAUCAAACAGUUUCGAUAUGCUGAAUUUUUCUUUGGUUUGUCAAUAAUUUGGUUCAAAACACGAUGCGCCAAAAAUCCAAAAAAUCCCGUUCAAGUACUUUUUACGAAUGUUGGAGAAGGUGAUUACAUCAUUGAGAAACUCCAACAUGAGACCGAGGAGGACUUCAGGCUCAGAAGAUUUACAGAAUUGUUUGAGCAGCUUCAUUCCAGUUCCCAAGAAGAUAUUGUGAAUUAUAUUCAAGGCACAAUAUUUCAUGAUCUAGGUUAUGAGCCAAAAAAAGAGGAGAAAAAGGAAGAAAUCCGAUAUGAUGGAAUGCCUCAGUUUGCUCCUCACUUCAUCAAGGUGAAAAUUCCAAACUUACGAGGAGGAGGAGCAACUACUCGAGGAGGUGGAGAUGGAGCAAUUACACAAGGAGGGCAGGGGACAAGUCAACAAUAGAUGAUUUGCAACUGUCACCACGGAAGGAUCGUUCAAAUGACUACUGCAAAUAUGAUGUCGAUAAUGUGGUCAUACUGUUAGCAUUCGACGAAUUUUUACAUGCAGUAGGAUAAUUUCUGUGUCAUCAUUUCACGCCUUACAUUGUCUGUGAUUAAUACUUGGGGUAGGACUCCUACGUUCUUACUGGUAAUUACGCAAAUUAUGUAAGUGUAAAAAGCUGGUUGAACUUGUGACACCACGUUAGCUAGCUAAGUAAUCUUACGGUCAAAUAAUUUCUUGUU